AUGGCAGAAGCUAUAGGUCUCGCUUCUGGGCUGCUGACUUUGGCUACUUUUGCUUUCCAGUCCAGCGUCACACUAUAUGAGACGAUAAAGAGCUUCAGUUCUCACACGAAACGCGUACGCGACCUGCUAGAGGAGCUAGAGGCUUUAAUCGAAGUUCUAGGCCCCCUCAAUGACUUGGUCACGACUACGACAGAUACGGGCCUUUCGGCGCUCAAUCUUCCUCUCAAACGAUGUGGUGACUCUUGCAACGACUUUGAACGGGAACUUCUGAAAUGUUUAUCGCGGUCUGGUGGUAAUCGGACAAGUUUUCGUGAUUGGGCUCGAUUAAGGUAUAUGAGUGAUGAUAUCGAUGGGUUCAGACGACUGCUCGCUGGGUACAAACUGACUAUAAAUAUUGCCCUCACUGACGCGAACCUUCGCAAAUCUUCCAUUACCGCCGAAAAUCUUGAAAUCCAAAAAACCCUGAUCGAAACCGCCAAAGGUGACCUUGAGGCUCAUCUUGAGAGUAUAGAUGAAAAGCUUGAACAAAUAGUCGGACGCACUGUGACGGAGUCCGAUUCAGAUACGUCGGAACUGCGACUGAUGCAGGAGGAGCGGUUGAGCACAGAAAAAUGCCUCCAAAUUUGUGCCAGUUUAUCUGAGCACCUCGAUCAGAUUCAACUCAAGGAUGAUUCUGCUACUUCAGUUAAUUCAGAUCCAACACCUGAGAGGAUCACCAACGAGGGUCUACAGGAAUGCAAGGAAAGCCUGGCUUCAACGGCUUCGAGACUGGAGAAGCAUAUGCAGGAUCUUCUGGACCGAAUGUUGGUAAAGUCACAAGCGAGAAUGACAUCUGACGAGGAAAUUGCGGAUUUGACAAGAUUGCGAGAUGAGUGGGAGACGACCCGUCAAUGCAUGGAUAUCUGCUCUAGGGCAGACAACCACUUGAAAGCAAAUGUAACCACCAUUGAGAACUAUGGCACUGGUGAUGCUUUACAGUUCAUGGUUUCUACGAACGGAAAGGUUAUUCAUGGUAAAAACCGGGGCCUUGGAUGGAGGAAUAGACAAGUUGGAGGUCAUCUCAGCGAUACCUCUCUUCAGCAAUUAUCUCGGGAUAUGAGUAGCAUCAACUUCCGGGGUGUUGCAAAUGAAGAACCAUCGUUGCAAGAGAUUCCGACACCUGGUCCUGUUGAUGACAAGCUUCCAAUUAGACCAGAAUACAGUGAACGGUAUGGGCGAGGAUAUAAACUCACACCUAAAUCUUCUCCAGGCCAAUCCAUGAAUUCUACAAGGCUAUCAGGGGCCUGA